AUGUCGCACGACCCGCACGCGCUUCCCAAUCGCGAGCGCGCGCUGUUCACCGCCGUCGUCGACGCGUACGAGACGAAAAAGUACGCCGAGGGCGUCGCGGCGGCGGAUGCCAUCCUGAAGAAAUUUCCCGAGCACGGCGAAACGCUGGCGAUGAAGGGGCUGAUCGUGCGCUCGAUGGACGAGGGACACGAGCGCCACGACGAGGCGCACGCGCUGUGCGCGCGAGGGAUCGAGUGCCACCCGGGAUCGCACGUGUGCUGGCACGUGCUCGGGUUGGUGCACCGAGCGGAGCGGAACCACGCGGAGAGCGCGAAGUGCUACGCGCAAGCGCUGAAGAUCGAUCCCGAGAACUCGCUGGUGAUGAAGGAUUUGUCGCUGGUGUACGCGCAGACGAGAAACGUGAAGGCGUUCGUGGAGCUGAGAUGGAAGAUUUUGUCGAGGAAGCGCGAUCAGCGAAUGUCGUACGUGGCGUUGGCGUGCGGGUUACAUUUGAUGGGGGAGCACGAGAACGCGUAUGAGGUGUUGGACAGUUACGAGAAGAUACGAAGAGGGGCGAAUAUCGAUCACCGCGGGGCGUGGAGGGAUGAAGAUCCCUUGAUGAAGCGAUUCGACGCGAGCGAGCUCGCGUUGUUCAAGGCGAAGCUGAAGCGCGCGGCGGGGAAGGAAAAAGACGCCUUGGCACUGUUAGAGCGCGGUGAGGAGACGAUCGUGGACAAAGUGGCAUAUCUGACGUUUAAGGGCGAGGUGCAAGUCGCGCUCGGCAUGAACGCUGCGGCUGAGGAGACGUAUUGGAAGUUGCUCGAACGUUUGCCUGACAGUUACGAUUAUCACGAGGCCCUGCGCGUCGUCAAGGGGCUUCCCGAGAAGGUGCACGACGGCGCGAAGGAGAUUUCAGACGAUGAUAUCGCAAAGUUGAAAUCGCUUUACGAAGAAAUCGGUUCGAAGUUGCAGUACUGCGCCGCGGCGAAGCGUUUGCCCUUAUCGUUCACCAAAGCGGGCGAAGAGUUUAAGAAGCUCAUCGUGACAUACGUGGAAAAACCACUUCGUAAAGGCGUGCCGAGCUUGUUUGAGGAUUUGAGGAAUUUGUACGAAAAUUCGGCGAAAGCGACACUGUUGGAAGACAUUUUUACUGACACCGUGCGCUCGCUCAAGGAAAGUGGCAAGUUUUUAUCCGGCGGUGCGACAAAGUCCGAGGACGAAAAGAAGGAAUGCGUCAUGUACGCGGUCAACCUGCUCGCCAUGCAUUACGACGAGAUGGGGCGUAGAUCAAGCGACGGUGGCGCCAAAGAGUUCGCCAAGGCGAUCGAGUGCAUCGACGAAGCGAUCGCAUCGAACGACUCGUGCGUGGAGUUGUACUUGAACAAGGCGACAAUUCUCGAGCACGCAGGCGAUUUGCAAGGCGCCGCGAACGCCGCGGAAACCUCUCGCAAACUCGAUCUCGCCGAUAGGUACUUGAACUCUAACUGUGUGCGACACAUGUUGCGUGCCGGGCGUUACGCUUACGCGGAACAGCUCGCAGCCAUGUUUGCGCGUGAUGGCGAUCAGGCGACGAAUUCGUUCGACAUGGAGGCGACGUGGUUCGAGCUCGAGGCGGCCAAGUGCCACAUCAGAGGGAAGAAGUACGGGCGUGCGUUAAAAUAUUACCACGCAGUGCUCACGCAUUUUGACCAGUUUAUCGAAGAUGAAUUCGACUUUCACGGGUACUGUUUGCGACGAACGUCCAUUAGCGCGUACUUGGACUUGUUACGAGCGGAGGAUCGCAUGUUCGCGAGACCGGAAUUCCGCGAAGCGGCGCGGGGCGCGAUCACACUUUACGUCAACCUGUUCGACGAGCCACCGGCUAAGAAAGUGGCUGAUUUAGAAGCAAAGCUCGCUGCCAUGUCAUCUGACGACGCCGCGAAAUUCCGCGAGCACAUGCGCGUCGAGAGAGAACGCGAGGAAGCGGCGGAGAAGGCGCGCCUCGAGGCGUUGGAGGAGCAAAAGAAGAUAGCCGCGGCGCAGGAAAGCAAGAACAAAAGCCCCAAGGACACCCCGCAGAAGGUUGAUCCAGACCCUGUCGGUGAGGCUUUGGAAAACACCAAUCAGCCGCUCGAACAAGCGAUGAAAUUCGUCGAACCGCUGUUGAAGCACGCCGCUGAUUACGAGGAGACGCAGCUUCUCGCGUUCGAAGUAUUCAUUCGUCAAGGCAAACCGAUACUGGCGCUCAAAACGGUAAAUGAGGCAUUAAAGAUCGCCCCCAGCAGCUUCAGAGCGAAACGUAAUAUCGUUCGGCUGGCGCGUUCGGUCGAGAAGAUGGACGAGUCGAAUGCGAUGAAGAAGAUUUUGACGAUGCAAGUCGGGAAAUUGAUGGGCGAUAAAACGGCUUCUGAGUUCGCAGCUUCGAUGUCGUUCGAAGAAGCGUCGCACCCGGUCGACAUCGCGGCCGUUGCUUUCGCUAAGCGCGAGGUUGGCGAUGACUCCGCCUUGGUUGAAGGCGCCAAGGCGACCAAGAUGGGUGCAGAGUUCUCACUUGAUGAUUACUUGAACGCUUUGGACACGUACGCCGACGCGAGUGAAGCCGCCGCUGAAGCGCUCACGAAAACGUGCGCUCAAGCGUUCCCGUACGCGACGUGUUUUGGUGGGGCCAAGUGCACCGCGCGCGAAAACUAG